GGCAAACCGUCGGUCAGCCGUAAGAAGACACUUGUGUUUGAGUCAUUUUUUGACUUUUCCGCCCAUCGUCAUACACAAGACGCUGCAACUGUGCAGGCCUUUCAUCUGAUUGAAGCACAUACCGGUAGUCUGUCUUUUCGGGUUAGCACUAGGAACUAAAUGAAGUAUGGAGUUGGGUACUUUGAAAUAUACCGAUUUGCGCCGACUUGCUAAGGAAGUUGGGAUCAAGGCUAAUCUGAAGGCGGAUAAGCUUCUGAAAGCACUGGAGCAGCAUUAUGAACAGCAAGACGGUGGCCUACUCAAAAGUGCAAGAAAGGAGGUUACCCAGGACUCGGCUCCAGUGCAUGGACAAGCAGCCCAGAAACAAGCUAACUUUGUCACAGAACGUCGAAGUAGAGUGACCCUCAAAAGGAAGCACGAGGACCUCGAGAUGAAGCUGUCACCAAGACCUGUCAAUCAGGUCGAGAGGCCCUCGGUUGAACCCGAAGAGAAACGGAGCUCCAAGAGAAAGAAGACUUCUCUGGAGAAGGAGGCAGUGGCUCCUGUGGUGUCAGAAAAGGAAAACAAACCAGAGAAGCAAACUGAGCCUACAAGCAACAAGAUUGAUCCUGACACAUCUGUGAAAGCAGAAGAGAAAACUUCGCAGCGACCUCCUGGCAAAAUCCCACGUGCCGCUGAACUUAUGAGCAAGGCCAAGGCAGCCAAGAGACCUGUCACCCCCAACUUCAAGAAAUUGCACGAGGCCCAUUUUAACAAGAUGGAGUCCAUCGACGCCUAUGUGCAGAGGAAAAACAAGACUAUUGACUCCUUCAGGAACACGGUGAAUGAGUUGAAGACUCUCUCGGAGACUACAAACAUGAAACCUGUGGAGAUGAAGACUAACCCAAAACCUGUGGAUGGUACAACGCAGCCUCAGAAACUGAAGGUGAACGGAAGUGCUCUGUUCAGUCCUGCUGCCCUGGCCAAGAAACCAGGGCCAGACAAGGGCAGAGUCACCCAGCUCUCCGCUAACAAACCAGCACUGAAGGGCAGCGCCAUCUUCAAACCCACAGUGGUCUCUACUGCUAAGAUCAAUGUCAGGUUUUCUCAAGGGACACAGGACAACGAACACAAGCGCUCUCUUAUCAAGACCCCUGCUCGCAUGUCUCCUCAUGUCCAGCUCACAUCAACCCCGGCAAGGAAAUCCUCUACCACACAGCAGAAGACUGGAGCAAACACUUCAGUCCUCAGCACCAGCAAGACUCCAGGUACCACACCAUUUGUGUUCAAGGCGAACACCAGCAUGACAACCACUCCACACGGAACCAAGAGGAACGCCUUUGACCUGAAGGCCAGUCUGUCUAAGCCACUGACCUACAAACCCCACACAGGAAAACUGAAGCCGUUUGCAGAGACUCAGGACAACACCCUGAACAAGUCUCAGACAGUGCCGUCCCACCAGAAGAAUUACAAGCAGCAUAAAGUGCAGACCAGGAAUGACCGGCGAGUGAAGCACACUGAAGACAGGAAGCAGAAGAAGGAGAAGAUGAUCGGCGCCAGAAGAGGACUUGUCAUGACUUAAGCUGUUGGCCUUUUUGUGUUUGUCUUUGUUUCCCCCCUGUGUGUGUGUGAUCCUUGUACAUUUUGCCCUGGACCCCUGUUUGUUAGUGUUUCUCCUUUCCUUCUUUUUUGCACUCGUAAUGUAAAUAUUUGACCUUUUUUUUUUAAUUAAAAAAAGUUUUACUCUUGCCUUUUAGCUGACUUUGGGAGGAAAAAAUGAUUUUGUAUUCAGUUUUUAUGAAAGUUACAAUAAAUGCAACUUGAGAUUGAC